CAUGGAACUUGUCCAGCCCCACCUCAGCCCAUGCCAACGUCCUAGACUCCAUGGAACUGUCCCGGGCACCUUCUGCCAAUGGGACUGACCCAUCCCGGUCAUUGGGCACUGUCAAAGUCUACCUGCCCAACAAGCAGCGCACAGUGGUUACUGUCCGGGAUGGCAUGAGUGUCUACGACUCUCUAGACAAGGCUCUUAAAGUGAGAGGUCUCAAUCAGGACUGCUGUGUGGUCUACCGACUCAUCAAAGGGCGAAAGACAGUCACUGCCUGGGACACAGCCAUUGCUCCCCUGGAUGGUGAAGAGCUCAUUGUUGAGGUCCUUGAAGACGUUCCAUUGACCAUGCACAAUUUUGUACGGAAGACCUUCUUCAGCCUGGCCUUCUGUGACUUCUGUCUUAAGUUUCUGUUCUAUGGCUUCCGCUGCCAAACCUGUGGCUACAAGUUCCACCAGCAUUGUUCGUCCAAAGUCCCCACAGUCUGUGUGGACAUGAGCACUAACCACCGACGUUUCUAUCACAGUGUCCAGGAUGUGUCAGCAAUCUCCAGACAGCAUGAGGCUCCGUCAAAUCAUCCCUUGAAUGAGCUGCUUACCACUCCGGCUGCCAGUCUUUGUCCCAUUAGCUCCUGCACCCAGCACCCAGCCAAUAUCCCUCUCCAGCGCAUUCGUUCUACAUCGACUCCCAAUGUUCAUAUGAUCAGCACCACAGCUCUCACAGACUCCAGUUUCAUCCAGCUCACUGCCCAGAAUUUCAGCAUUGAUGCUACUGGUACUGGUGGUGGAGUCCUCUGGGGAAAUCCCAGCUUGGCCAACAUGUCCUCAGGGAGAAAGUCUCCACAUUCCAAAUCACCUUCAGAGCAGCGGGAGCGGAAGUCCUUCGGUGAUGACAAGAAGAAAGUGAAGAACCUGGGAUACCGGGACUCGGGCUAUUACUGGGAAGUGCCACCCAGUGAGGUACAGCUGCUGAAGAGGAUUGGAACAGGCUCAUUUGGCACUGUGUUUCGAGGGCGCUGGCAUGGUGAUGUGGCUGUGAAGGUGCUUAAGGUGACCCAGCCCACAGCUGAACAAGCACAAGCAUUCAAGAAUGAGAUGCAGGUGCUCAGGAAGACGCGACAUGUCAACAUCUUGCUGUUUAUGGGCUUCAUGACCCGGCCAGGAUUUGCCAUCAUCACACAGUGGUGUGAGGGCUCUAGCCUAUACCACCAUCUGCAUGUGGCAGACACACGCUUUGACAUGGUUCAGCUCAUCGAUGUGGCCCGGCAGACUGCUCAGGGCAUGGACUACCUCCAUGCAAAGAACAUCAUCCAUCGAGAUCUCAAGUCCAACAGUAUCUUCCUACAUGAGGGACUCACAGUAAAGAUUGGAGACUUUGGCCUGGCCACAGUGAAGACGCGGUGGAGUGGGGCCCAGCCUUUAGAGCAGCCCUCAGGCUCUGUUCUAUGGAUGGCGGCUGAGGUGAUCCGGAUGCAAGACCCAAAUCCCUACAGCUUCCAGUCAGACGUGUACGCCUAUGGGGUGGUACUCUAUGAACUCAUGACAGGCUCACUGCCUUACAGCCACAUUGGCAGCCGUGAUCAGAUUAUCUUUAUGGUUGGCCGUGGCUAUCUGUCCCCGGAUCUCAGCAAAAUCUCCAGCAACUGCCCGAAGGCAAUGCGUCGAUUGCUGUCUGACUGCCUCAAGUUCCAGCGGGAGGAACGACCCCUCUUCCCCCAGAUCCUGGCCACAAUUGAGUUGCUGCAGCGGUCACUUCCCAAGAUUGAGCGAAGUGCCUCCGAGCCCUCUUUGCACCGCACCCAGGCUGAUGAGUUGCCUGCCUGCCUACUCAACGCAGCCCGCCUUGUGCCUUAG